CUAUGUAAAUUGUGAAGGGAAACUUCCUCCUCUUUUCCUUUUAAUCUCUAAUUGGAAUAAAAAAUAUAACAAUAAUUUUGGCCUCCUCUGGACCUGCAUAAUUAAGUUUCCUAUAAAUGGCAGUAUUUUCUUGCCUGGCCUGUUUAUUUGUUCCAAAGAGAGCUGUUUGGUAUUAGGAGAAGGUGAAGAAAAGCAAUGGGAGGAGGCAACGGACAGAAGUCAAAGACGGCUCGUGAGAGGAACUUGGAGAAGCAAAAGGCAGCAGCCUCCAAGGGAAGUCAGCUUGAAUCAAACAAGAAAGCCAUGACAAUUCAGUGCAAGGUGUGCAUGCAGACGUUUAUUUGCACAACUUCGGAGGUGAAAUGCCGAGAACAUGCAGAAGCAAAACACCCAAAAGCUGAUGUUUAUACAUGUUUUCCGCACCUUAAGAAAUAAAAUACUCCACAUGUGAAGAAGAACCAGCACCAAAUGGGUUAUGAUAUAUAUAUUCUGUAUGUUUCCAUGGAAGGAGUCAGUCAUAUCCAAGUACUUCUGCAUAUUACUACUUAAUUUGGUCUGCUUGUAACUGUUUAUAAUAUUGUCAGAGACUCAGAGUUCAUACUGUGGACUGUCCUUUAUAUCCAUUUAUAUAUAAUUCUGUGUUUCCAGU